UUCGCAUCCUGUGCAAAAUUGGGAACGAAAAUCUCACUGGAUAGUAACUCCGUACGACGACCCACACGAGUUCCUCACCGCCAACAACUUCCAAAGCCAAACAAACAAACAUUAACAUUAAAUCACAAACCCUAAUUUUUUGAUCUGUCCCCAAUUUUUUUACAAAAUUUCCCAACUAAAAUCCCCAAUUAACCUUCUUCCUUCUCUCAAUUUCCAUUUUCAUUGCCAAUUUUGAUCCCCAACUGCAUAUUUAUUGCCUCUCUUGUUUUCUUUCAUCAUACUCGCCAGAUCAAGCUUUGAUUUUUGCUUCUUCAUCAGCUCUGAAGGAUCCCCAAUAUCUUUUUGAGUGUUGAAUUUGCCAAGUUGGGUUUGGAGAAUGGAGAUAACAUAGAGCAACAUCAAAAUUGAGCAACAUCAAAGUUGGGUUUGCAUUGAUUGGGAGGGAAAUUAGGGUGAAUGGUUAAGUAUUUACUUUUGUAACUCACUGAUAUAUAUUUAUAUAAGUAUGGGCAACAGUGAGAUGGAUAAAACCACCAAAGAGAAGGAGUCGAAGACGCCUCCACCAAUAUCACAGGAGCAGCCUUCGACCACCACCACCACCGGUGCAAUUAAUAAUGACUGGGCCAGCUUUCAGGCAUAUUCUCCUAUGCCUCCACAUGGAUUCAUGGCAUCAAGUCCCCAAGCUCACCCUUAUAUGUGGGGUGUCCAGCACAUUAUGCCUCCUUAUGGUACUCCAGCACAUCCCUAUGUUGCAAUGUAUCCCCAUGGUGGCAUAUAUGCCCAUCCAUCCAUGCCUCCGGGAUCUUAUCCAUACAAUCCUUAUACCAUGCCUACUCCAAACGGUGUUGCUGAAGCUUCUGGAAACACUCCUGCCAGCAUGGAAACUGAUGGUAAGCCUCCUGAGGUGAAGGAAAAAUUGCCAAUCAAAAGAUCAAAAGGAAGUUUGGGUAGUUUGAACAUGAUUACAGGGAAAAAUAAUGAACAUGGUAAAACAACGGGGACAUCUGCUAAUGGAAUUCAUUCAAAGAGUGGUGGUGAAAGUGGAAGUUUUGAAGGUACUAGUGAAGGAAGUGAUGCAAAUUCUCAGAAUGACUCUCAAUUGAAAUCCGGGGACAGGCGGGAUUCUUUUGAAGGUGAACCGUCUCAAAAUGGCAGUUCAGCGCAUACUUCACAAAAUGGAGGACUUAAUGCACCUCAUACAGUAGUUAAUCAAAGUAUGCCUGUCCUUCCUAUCUCUGCGAGUGGUGCUCCUGGAGCUGUUGCUGGUCCCGCAACAAACUUAAAUAUAGGAAUGGAUUAUUGGGGCACGCCGACUUCAUCCAACAUUCCUGCUCUCCGUGGAAAGGUUCCGUCUACUACAGUUGCGGGAGGGGUGGUUACUGGUGGAUCACGGGAUAGUGUCCAAUCACAACUUUGGCUACAGGAUGAAAGAGAGCUUAAAAGACAAAGGCGGAAACAGUCAAAUAGGGAAUCUGCUCGGAGAUCCAGGCUGCGCAAGCAGGCUGAGUGCGAUGAGCUAGCUCAGCGUGCUGAUGUUUUGAAAGAAGAAAAUGCUUCCCUCCGACUAGAAGUAAGUCGCAUUAGAAGCGAUUAUGAGCAGCUACUUUCCGAGAAUGCAGCCCUCAAGGAGAGACUCGGGGAACAACCUGGAAGCGAUCAACACGUGCGUAAUGACACUCAACAGAGUGGUCAAACAGAGGAUGUGCAGGGUGGUCAUUAGGAUCAUAUGCUGCAUUUCAGAAAUAUAACCUAACUCAAUAGCAAGAGCGCGAUCUUGUUUUGGAUAUAGCUUGUAGUUCAAAUUGUAUUAAAGCUGACCUUUUAUAGUCUUAAAAUCUCUCAUUACUAAUUUGGCUUUUACUCUUAACCCAUUCAAAACAACAUGGAUCAUAGUGUGUGAAUUGUAUCUUAGUGUCCCUAGUAAGUAUAAGUAUUAUAGUCAAUGAAACUGGGUGUUAUCCAUUAUAUUAUAUGAUUUCUGUAUGAAUAAUUUAUCGGGAAAAUAAUGAAAAGAAGAAAUAUAUGUUUCGUACACUUUCCUUUUUUGA